UGUUCUAUAGUUAAGUUUUUCUCUCGCGCACUUGGUGGUGAUUGAUCGCUGGUUUUUUUUCUCUCCUUUUUUCUCAUCUGGCUGGUCUGGAAUUCUUUUGUUUAUAUCGCUCAUGACUAAGAAUUUCUAUGCAGCCUGGCGAUCCCAGUGCCGACACAAAUGAUACGAGCUUAAAAAUCGGGGGUCGAUGAUGCGAUGAUGCUCGACUACUACACUCCAAGCGCCAAGAAGAACAGAAGCAGCAGUAGCAGCAGCAGCAUCCCGGAUCACAGCUCUUCUUCCAUGGACGAGUUCCUGGAGAACAUCAUCUCGAUCCCAUCCUGGCCCGAUCAAGACGGUGUUGCUGGAAGGAGCUGGGAUCACGACGAGCAGCAGCAGCAACUGAGCAACGAGAUGCUCGUUGCUGCUUCGUUCCAAAACCAGGUGGGAGGAGGAGGAGCUGCUAGCACUAGUCAAGCUGGAUCAAGAAACCACCAAGGCUUGGCAGCUACAUUGGAUCACAGCGACAACACCGGUCAAGUUUCUUCGUGGAGUCACCACUUCGUUCCUGGUAAUGCUCUGAGCUUUGCGAAACUCGGCGAUGGGGGAGCGAGCAGCGAUCCAAAUUCUGUCAAGAAACGAUAUAGAGAUGAAGAACUCCAACAGAUGUAUGGAGCAGCGGGACAAAUGCAAAUCGAUCAGCAGCAGAAGCACCAGCAAGAUCAGCAGCAGAGGUCUCAGGCUCCACUAGCUUACGAUUCGAAUGCUCCAGUUGCCCCUGUAAAUCCUCCUCCCGCGGGAAUCUCUGCGAGACCACGAGUGCGAGCUCGCCGUGGUCAAGCCACCGAUCCCCACAGCAUCGCCGAGAGACUUCGCCGAGAGAAGAUUGCCGAGAGAAUGAAAGCUCUCCAGGAACUUGUCCCAAACGCGAACAAGACUGAUAAAGCCUCGAUGCUCGACGAAAUCAUCGACUAUGUAAAGUUUUUGCAGCUCCAAGUCAAGGUAUUGAGCAUGAGCAGACUUGGCGGCGCUGGAGCAACCAUGGCUCCACUCGUCGCAGACUUGCCUCUAGAGGGUGCUGGCCAAGAACUACUAUCUUCUUCACAACUUUGUCGACAAAUCUCCGUGAAUCUUUCUCCGCAAGAUGGUAUCGCUCUCACAGAGCACCAGGUUGCUAGUCUCAUGGAGGACGACAUGGGCUCAGCGAUGCAAUACCUCCAGAGCAAAGGCCUGUGUUUGAUGCCGAUAUCUCUCGCGACUUCGAUCUCGUCGUGCUCCACCAAAGUUCCCACAACGAUGUCACUUGCAGCAACAGCAGCAGCAGCAGCAGCAGGAUCAUCUCCCACCACCGCAGCCAUCGCCGGAGCUCUCCAGCACGCAACACUGUCCGACUCGGAAGCUAGCGCGAUGGAAGGGUGCAAUGGACGAGCAGCGACAAAGGAUUUCCCGGAGAAAAGCGAAGAACAAAGGCUCAAGUGAUGCCAAUCCAUCUCCGGGUCGGGUAUACAUAAAUAAGUCUGGAUUUUGCGAGAGUUUUCGUGUAAAAAAGCUUAUAGAUCCCAGCAAAGGGAUGAAAAGAGAGAAAGCAUUGCGAGUA